AAGCGCUUCGACCUCUCAAACGUGUUCUUUUUCAAUCAAAGCACUGUAAGUUACUUGCGCCAUGUUUCGUUCACUGCUUUCGUUUGGUGGUGCCCCGCGGGCGCCAGAGUACAUCUUUCCAACUGUGAAGCCAGAGGAGGAUGGACCUGACUGUCGUCAAGACUGUGCGGACUGUACUGUCAAGUAUCCCAAGUUCAAAAUUGAUACGGUUAAACCUUUGUAUGGGCAUAUCAAGGAAUACAGUACCCAUGUCCUGGUUGCAACGGGGCAGUCUGAUUGGAUUGAGAAGGUCAAGAGUGACAAGGGGAGUUUGAUGGAAGCGUUUGCGCAGAACUCCUCAAGGCCUAAACAUGGAAAAAUCGUGGUCUCCGCAUCCAACCUGCAAAGUCCCGAGGACACAGAAUCAGACAGGAACUCAGACAUAGACAAAAAAAGCACCGUCUUGCUCCUCCCCUCAUUCACAUUAAUUGAUUCUGUCCGCUACAACGACGUCCCGGAACUAAUCGACCGCUUCAUCAACUCCCCAUCCCCCGACCCGCAAGCCGAUGGCCAUGAUACUCAAAUGACCCCCCGGGCCUGUCCUCACGACUAUGUUAUCCUGCUCUGCUCCCACCGACGACGCGACGCCCGUUGCGGUAUCACUGCGCCUCUAAUCAAAAAAGAACUUGAGCGUCAUCUCCGGCCGCUAGGUCUAUACCGCGACGACAACGACGAGCGACCCGGUGGUGUGGGCAUCUAUUUCGUGUCGCAUGUUGGCGGGCAUAAAUAUGCUGCGAACACGCUGGUGUACCGAAAACAGGAGCAGCAGAUGAUCUGGCUAGCUAGAGUGAGGCCGGAGCAUUGCGAGGGUAUUGUUCGGUAUACCGUAAUGCAGGGCAAGGUGGUGCAUCCCGAGUCACAGCUGCGGGGAGGAUUCGAUCGAUUGCGAGGAGUGACUAGUUGGUGAUAUUCAUACUCUGUAUAGCAUCCUUCAUAUAAUGGCGUCUUCAUAGUUCCUAUUCUAAUAAUAAAAUCCAUUGUUCGUUGCCA